GCUGUUUGUGCUGGGCCAUUUCCGUGCUCGGCCCAUCUGCACCGGCGGCUCUGCCCUGUCGCUCGUUUUGUCUGGGUUUUUCUGCGCGCCUCCGCGUUUCGUCACAUUUUUUUUUUUUUCCUGUUCGUCUGCGUCCCAUCCAGCCCGUCCAUCCCAUCCAUCCCAUCUGUUCGCUGGACGUCGCCACCAUGUCGUCAAAACGUGAUGCCGCCGUCAAAGGGCUAUCGAGCAAAAUCCUGGGCAUGAAGUUCAUGCAGCGGCAACACGAAGCCAAUAUCCGAUCGCAGCUGGAGGAGCAGCGACAAAAGGAACUGAAAGAAUCACAGUGGACCCUCCAGGUCUCUGGACUCGAUACCGUCAAAAAGCCCGUCAAAAUCACCCAAGACACAAGCUACAUGGCGUUCUCGGAUGUAGCUGUCGGACGAAAGUCGUUUGGAACAUUCAACAAAGAAGUCGAGAAACUGGCAAGCGAGCAAAUCAAAACCGGCAAGCUCAACACGGCAAUAGAAAACGAGAGGCGGGCAACCAUCAGCGACGAAGAAAUGGCUAUCCGCCUGGCGUCGCAGCAACAGUCCUCGCUGGACAUACCUGUUAGUGCCGGCCAGAAGCGGAAGAAGCCCCAGGACACCGACGAGUCGCCUGCAUCAGCCGCGAGCACUCCCGAACCCAAGCGGGCGCAGGUUGACCUGAGCGGGCCGGGAAAGGCCACACGAUUCCAGUUCCUCAAGCCAAAAUAAAGCGCAUCAGACCAUGGACAACCAA